UUAAGGCUUUACCUAUUAUUAUUAUUCUCCAACUACCCUCGUUUUAAGGGGAAUUGAAGAAUUUCGUACAAAUAAUCGUCUACGAAAAUAAUUAUAGCAUUGCACUACAGUUAAUGACAAAAAUGCGUUGCAAAUUUUCUCAAGUAAUCAAGUAUUGAAGAACCUUUGGGUCUCUUAACUUCAAAUUACGGUUAGGUCACCAUGAGAUCGACCGCCAUUCUUGAUUAGCUCGUAACGGGAUACUGAUACUGAGAUCUCCCACGGGAAUGUUGGUGUUCUGUUACACCACAAUUGCAUUGUUGUUCGUAGUUCGAAGCCAAAAUGGUUACUUGCGGGCAGGUGUGUGACACCGUACUAGCGGCGGUUUUCGAGUACGAUACAGCCAAGAUAGUGCAUAUAAAAAGCAAGAAGGUUGGAGUUAUUAAUCGCUUGAUACAACUGGUUAUUAUUGUUUACGUUAUAGGAUAUGUGAUUGUUUACAAGAAGGGGUACCAAGAGUCUCAGAAGCCAUACAGUUCAGUGACCACAAAAGUCAAGGGAUUGUCAUUCACAAACUUAACAAACAAGAGCAUGGAACUCUUUCUGUACGGUGGAUUUCAUGUUUGGGACUCAUCUGACUUUGUGAUACCCCCAGAGGAAAAUAAUGUUGUGUUUGUCAUGACAAACAUGAUUAUCUCACCUAACCAAAAUCAGUCCACAUGUCCUGAGGACCCAAACUUUCCAGAUGUGAGAUGCAAAAGUGACAGUGAUUGUACACCAUUUGAACCAGUCAAAAAUGGCAAUGGUGUCAAGACUGGAAAAUGUGUAGAUGCUGAUAGAAAGCCCUUUGGUAAAGUUUGUGAAAUUUAUGCAUGGUGUCCAGUGGAGAUUGACAAGCUUCCCAUGCCAGGGUACAACUUAAGUAACACUGUUCCACUUCUUGAUGCUGCCAAGGAUUUCACCCUUCUCAUAAAGAACAGUGUACAGUUUCCAAAGUUUAACAAAUCACGGAGAAACAUCAUGACAGAAGAUGAAAGUUACUUGAAGAACUGUAAUUAUGACCCACAAACUGAUCAUCUUUGUCCAAUUUUCAAGCUCGGAAAAAUGGUUGAAUUGGCAGGUGUGAACUUUGAAGAUAUUGCUUUCAAGGGUGGGGUCAUUGCCAUAGUCAUAACAUGGAACUGUAAUUUUGACCCUUUGGCAUAUUUCUGUGAACCUAAGUAUUCAUUCAGGAGAUUGGAUGACUCUAAAUCACCAAUUGCACCUGGUUAUAAUUUCAGAUAUGCUAAUUAUUAUGUUCAAGACAAUGUCCUACACAGGACUUUGUUCAAGGCCUAUGGAAUACGCUUCAUGAUCAUGGUGUAUGGAGAGGGAGGAAAGUUUAGUGCAAUUCCACUGUUUCUUAAUUUGGGUUCAGGUCUUGCCCUGCUUGGCAUUGCUACAGUUUUGUGUGACAUUGUAGUGCUGUAUGUGCUGCAGAAGAAGUACUUUUACAGAGAGAAAAAGUAUUUGAUGGUUGAUACUGAUACAGACUCUGAACCUGAAAGUGAACAGCAGAAUUCAAGAGCACGUGAUCUCCACAGUGCUGGUAGCAUGGAUCGUGAUGCACGGCGGUAUAAACGGAUUAAAGAUGACAAGGAGCGUACAGAAACCUCCGGUUUUGUGAGUGCAGAAAGAUGACAUUCCCUCCUUACAAAAGAAACUUUCAUAUCACUGGAGUCCCGUGCAUCUUUUAUUCCUGUAUACACUGUCAGUAAUUUAGAUUUCUAUUCAUAUCUUUGGUAACUUGUGAACAUAGUUAAAUCGACACAAGGUUGUUCGAAUUUUUGGGGGAUUCUGGCCAAAUAUUCCACUGUAUAUUUUCUUAACUUUUUGAGCAAGUAACGAAGGAUUUGAAAACACCUAGUCUAUUUCCGACCUAAAUACCUGAAUUGUUUGGUUUCCUCAGCACAAUAAAUGCGUUUGUAUUUUUGGAACUUCAAAGCAUUCAAUGUAAAAAACGUGCAGGGAUGUUUAAACU